GUGAGUGUGUGUGUGUGUGUGGGGGGAAAGGUACCGUUUUCCGCAGGCGUGGAGACUCCACCGGGCAUCGAUAUGAUAUUUAAAGGAUUGUAGCGGCUUUUUAUUUUUUUUAAAUCAGACACACGUAUUUGAAAAGCGCUGUGAACCGGGGGGAGAUGCGCCUUCGUGAAUGCGUAGACAUUGUCCGGACGGGGCCGGCGGAGAGGAGCAUGUAAACCGGGAGGGGAGACGUGACGGCGGCGGCACCUGACGCUUCUCCAGCCCGGAGGCUUUUCCCCUGGCUGCUCCCUGCGGUGAAUUAAGCCCCUCUCAAAUGUGCUGAGCGCAGCCUUUUCAUUCGGGAUAUUACGUUCGUCCGCCGCACUCCAGCAAAAAUGAGCGAGGAAGUGUCAGAGGUCCCUAAAGAGCUUCUGGAGAGUGUGAGGGAUGCAAUAGGGAGGAAGGUGAAGCUGUCUCUGAGGAAGAGAGUCAAACUGGAGAUCAAAGGAGACAAGACCGAGAACAGAGUUCUGGCUUUAGCAUCCCACCGUGCCUACCUCCUGACAGCACGCAUCCCUGCUAAGGUGGAGCACUCAAUAAAUUACCUGGAGAUCCAAGGGAUCGCUUGCAACAAGCCGACACAGCUGUCCAUAGAAUAUGAGCGUGGCUUCUUCUCCCUGAAGCUGCUCUCUACAGAGGAAGUCAAUGAAGUGGUCACUCACAUAGGAACCUGCCUGCUCAGGAUAUGUCCUGGCUUACCACCGGGCAAAGUGAUGAAGAAGCUGUGUAUGGAGCCUCCGGACAGGCUGAAUGCUUUACAGACUCAGUGGGAGAAUAACAAGCCUGCUGAACCUGGACCCUGUGGUGGGUUUUCCCAGAUGUACAGGUGUGUGUGUGACUGGUUGGGGCUACCUUACAGAGAAGAGGUGCAGUGGGAUGUGGACACCAUUUAUCUGACCCAAGAUACCAGAGAGCUCAACCUACAGGACUUCAGCCAUCUGGAAAACAGGGAUCUUGUGGCCAUAAUUGCAGUUUUGGAGUUUAACCAGUGGUUCACCAAACUCUCCACCAAGGACUACAAGUUGUCUACAGAUGUAUGUGAGCAGAUCCUUCGGGUGGUGUCUCGCUCCAGCCGACUGGAGGAGCUGGUUCUGGACAACGCAGGACUCAAAACUGACUUUGGGCAAAAGCUAGCUGUGGCCCUGGCCCAAAACCCUAGCUCAGGACUCACCACCAUCAACCUUGCCAACAACCCACUGGAGGACAGAGGUAUUUCCUCCCUGGGAGCUCAGUUUGCCAAACUCCGUAUGGGGCUUAAGCAUUUAAACUUCUCCAAAACCUCACUAUCACCCAAAGGGGUGAACAGCCUUUGCCAGUCACUGAGUGCCAACCCGUCCAUCCCCAGCAGCCUGGUCCAUCUGGACCUCUCAGGGAACAUCCUCCGAGGAGAUGACAUGCAGCAUUUCUACCACUUCCUGGGUCAACCCAACAGCCUGGCAACUCUCGACCUCUCCAACACUGACUGCUUAUUGGACCAGGUGUGCUCUGCUCUGCUUCGAGGUUCAGUCCAGCACCUCUCUGUUCUCAAUAUGUCAAAGGGCAUCUUUCCUCACAGGAAAGGCAAAGAGGUGCCUCCAUCAUUCAAGCACUUUUUCAGCAGUGCCAUGUCUCUCAGCUCCAUUAAUGUGUCAGGAACCAAGCUGCCGCCAGAGGCCCUCAAAGCUCUUCUGCUUGGCCUGGCCAGUAACCCCAAUCUGAGGGAAGUGUCUGUAGACCUCAGUUGUUGUGAGCUUGGCCAUUGUCUACGGUCAGGAGGGUCUCAGAUCUUAGAAGGCUGCAUUGCUGAAAUCCCCAACAUCUCUAGCCUGGACAUCUCCGAUAACGGUCUGGACUCAGACCUGUCCACUCUACUGGUUUGGCUGGCAAAGAACCGUUCCAUCAGACACCUGUCACUGGGCAAAAACUUCAACAACAUUAAGUCCAAAAACCUCGCACCAGUGUUGGACAACCUAGUUCAUAUGAUUCAGGAGGAAGACUCGCCCCUCACCUCCCUGUCUCUAGCUGACUCCAGGCUAAAGACUGACCUGACCAUCAUCCUGAACGCUCUGGGCAGCAACUCCUCACUCACCAGGCUCGACAUCAGUGGUAAUGCCAUGGGGGAUAUGGGAGCCAAGAUGUUGGCUAAGGCCCUUCAGAUCAACUCCAAGCUCAGGACGGUGAUCUGGGAUAAGAACAACACCAGUCCUCAGGGUCUGCAGGAUGUAGCAGCUGCUUUGGAGAAGAACUUCACCAUCCGUUUCAUGCCCAUCCCCAUCAUCGAUGCCUCCCAGGCUCUGAAGGCCAGCCCUGAGAAAACCGAGGAUGCUCUGCUAAAGAUUGAGAAUUAUCUAUACAGGAACCAUGAAACCAGGAAGUACCUUCAGGAACAAGCCUAUCGGCUUCAACAGGGCAUCGUCACCACCACAACACAACAGAUGAUUGACAGGAUUUGCGUGAAGGUGCAAGAUCAUCUGAACUCUCUGAGGAACUCUGAGAAAGACGCCAUCUUGGAGGAUGUCAAGUCAGCCGAGAAUCUCAUUAUAGAUGCCCGCAACUCUAAAACGCUCCUCCCUAACUUGUACCACCUUGGUGCAGCUUCCAGAGAGGAGGUGAACGGCUCCUCAGUGGGACCUAUCCAGGGGAAGCUGGAGUCCAUGGCUGGAGAAGUGGCUACUGUCAUUGACCAACAACUACAGGCUCUACUAGAAUCUAUGGUAGAUGCAGCAGAGGACCUGUGUCCCCAUGUGAUGAAGAAGAGCAGUCUUCGUCAGGAGCUGAUGAAGGCCUGUACGGCCAAGAUGGUCGUGCCCCCAAGCUUUGUCACCAGAACUCUGCUGGAGCAGUCUGGGGUGGAUAUUGUUAACAAGAUCAGUGAGGUGAAGCUGAGUCUAGCAUCCUUCCUCUCAGACCGUAUUGUUGAUGAGAUCUUAGAGGCUCUUUCCAGCUCACAACAUACUCUGGCAGACCACCUGGUGCGUCGAGGUCGUCCCCUGGUGCAGCAGGAGUCAGCGGAUCUGGAUGUCCCAGAGGAGAAGACUCCUAAACGAGCAUCAACGGAGAUACUGGAAGCAGAGAGACUGGAAGAUUUGGAGUCAUGCAUGAUGACUCCUAAAUCCAAGAGAAAGAGCAUCCACAGCCGAAUGCUAAGGCCCGUGUCCCGUGCCUUUGAGAUGGAAUUUGACUUGGACAAGGCCCUGGAGGAUGUCCCUAUCCAUUUAGAGGACACACCUCCUUCAUCUCAAACUCCUCCAACUCCAUCUCAGGCCCUGCCAAAGUCAGAGAGGCAUCCAUCAGGAGCGAUGGGGGAGCUGCCGUCUGAGGAAGGCAAAAAGUUGCAUCACUUCACCAAACUACGACCCCGCAGGAACAAGAAAACACAGUCCAGCAAAAUACCUCAAAUCAGCAGUGCGCCGUCUCAAGAUGGAGUGCAGAACGGCCUUAUGGGAAGAGUAGAUGAGGGUGUAGAUGAGUUUUUCUCAAAGAAGGUCACAAAGAUGGAUGCCAAACGUCCAUCUCUUAAGAGCUCCGAUUCUCAGGAUGGAGAAAAGAAGAAGAGUAAGGGGGGAUUCCUCAACCUGAUCAAGUCACGUUCCUCGAGAUCUGAUAAGGAUAAAGAUAAAUCAGACAAGUCGGAAAAGGGCCAGGGCCCACCUACAUCCUCAGGCUCAUCCUCGAUCUCUGUAGCCUCAGUCCCAGCCUCCACCAUCCACGAGGAGCCCUCCUCACCAAAGGUGGUAGUAAAGAGCCCAGGGCCAGAGCUGAAGUCCAGGGAGUCCAGAGAUGCAUCCAGUCGUUCACAGCCUACAGACUACAGUAGCAGUUCAGACCGGUCAGAGGAGCUGAGGACCCCAGACUCCAUGGAUGAGCCCUGGGAAGGUUUGGAUGGCAGGGGGAGCCCCCAGGGGGGCAGGCGAUACCCUGGGGUCCAAGUGAUGGGCAGCGGUCUCUUAGCAGAGAUGAAGGCCAAGCAGGAGAGGAGAGCACACAAGUCUUCCAGUCCUGACAGACCUGACAGCAAUGCAACAGCCAAGCCCCAGCCAACCCCUCCAGAGAACAGGUCUCCCGGGGGCUCUGCUAAUAAAUCUGACCCUCCGGCCUCCGGUUCCCCAGAGAAGGCUAAACCUGAAACGAUCUCUCGUAUCCGGACCGCCACGUCCUCCUCAGCAUCCCCGGCAGGGACAGUAAACCCCAAGCCCCCGGUGCCACAGGGAGCAAAGCCUGCUCUGGCUGCCCGUCCCAACAUCCCACAGAAGCCAAGGACUCCCAGUAGCAGGAGCAUAGAUGAGAACUCGGACUCCCCCAGCAGUGGUGCCAUCUCUCCUAAGGUUGCAUUUCUCCCUCCCGGCCUGAAGAAGACGCUGUCAGAGAAGGACAAAGAGGGCCAGGCCAGUCUACCGCCAGGCGGCUCUGCCAGCAGAACCAACUCAGCAGCUCAGGAAGUGAAAACGGCAUCUUUGUCAGACUCGGCUCGGCGACCCAGCCCCCACAGCACCAACUCUGAGGAGCGCGACGGUGUCAAAGCCAAGGAUCAAUCACCCAACCCAGAUAAGGAGAAGGAAGCAGGCACCAAAUCAUCUGACUCUGGGGAAGAAGCAGACCAAUACUUCAUUUUAGUAUGAGUGAAGUGGAUUCGCGGGGUUGUUUGAGGGAAAUACAUCCAGUGACAGCCCUCAUGUGUUUUCCAUUAGGGGGAAAGAAAACCGCUCAAAGGAAAUGUAAUUGAUAUGUUUUCAUUUGUGUUGGAAGUGGUUGAGAGUCGUUCUCCCUUGUUUAUGUUGAGGUAUGCCUUAAACUUGAGAUCUAUAGGUCUGGCAUGACCCACAUACCUCAAUGUGGACCUAAAGGGUUUCAGUUGAAUUAAAAGAUGCAAUUUAAAAUGAACAGUGGAUAAUACCACUUGGCAUGAUACCCUUGUUCAAUUCCUUUUUCUCUCACACAACCCUCAGUAAAACCAAACUGGGCUUCAUAUCUCAGUCACGAAGAGAAUCUCUCUCCGUAACAUUGAAUUAUACAGAGUUUUGAAUGGGUUGUCAUGUGCCCUUGCAUUAUUAAGCUUACUCAACCCAUAAUGGACCACAUAGUCUUUCGGUUCAGUCAAACAUGUAAAAACCACUAAAAUGGCAGCAAAAUACUUUCAGGCCAGAGCAUAAGGUUAGUACAAGCGGCCGUGCUAUCAGAAAAAAGAGAUAAAACUGUGUCAGUCUGUUGAGUGUAGUCCUUAGUGUCUCCCUCUCUAACCUAGAAGAGAACUAACCCGACAGCAUCCUAUAGCUUCCAGUAGCUCAUCCUCCAGGGACCAAAUACACCAUAAUAAUAUCACUGUACUGUACUGAAACUAUAACAUACUCCAGGACCUGAGCCCAAUAGGAUUUUUUUUCUUCUAUAUAUUUGUAUAGAUUUUUUUUCCUAUAUGCUAUAUACGUGGCAGAUACUUCUGCUUGUGAAUUCCUUUGUUUUCUCUCCUAUCUUCAGGGGUCGCCGAAGCCAUUAUGCAAUACAUGUUUUUUACAGGAAAAUACAGGUCCAGCUGAGAACCUCAGCUUACACAAAAAUCAGCCAAGUUUUGGUUUUGGUUUUGUGUUUGGUUCAGUUUGCCUACAGUAGCAAAACCGAAAAAGACCGGGUUUUAUUUGGGCAACCUGCUCCAGGACUUUGUUAUCAAACCAGCAUGUUUGUCUUUUUGGACACCGAGGGCAACUUUUGUGAGCCUUACCAUCAUUCUAAGGCGAUGUGUUGCCAUUUUAUGGAUUUUUGAAUGGAGUAUUUACCCAGAAAAGAGCAUAAACCUUCCACCUGGCUUUCAAGGCAAACUAAAUCAAACGCCCCUAUUGGACUCAUGUUUGUCUAUGUCCCUUAAUGUGAGUUGGAGUGACUGUAUGAAGUGUUGCUUUGAGAGGACUGUGGGUUACUAAAACUAACUUCAGUAAUAAUCAAUCAAAUAGGGCUGAAGCACUGUUAAAACUAGCUUUUUUCUCCUCGUUUAGACACUGUGCACGAGACAACUUUUAAUUUGUUUUACUAUUCAAGAGAAAAACACUUUGACAUACUGAAGUAGUGUAGCUGAAUAAAUGUCAUUAAAAUGCAAUACGGAGUAGCCACAUACACGGCUAUGUGCCGGUGUUAACACUGUCAGUGAAUCUCAAGCUGCAGCAGGGAGGCUUCAGCUCUGUACUAAAGAGGAGACAGUUGCCAGGAUACCUGUGGGUACAUGUAACUCGCUUAUUAUACCUGUUUUUCCAUAAUUUACUAGUCUACAGACCAUGAAUAGGGAAACGCUAGGCUACAAGAUGCCACCUGCAGAGUCUUUUUCCUAUUAGCUGCAGCUCUAGAAUGGUGACAGGAUUUCAUAUAGGCACAGAGUUGCUCUUUAAGGCAAGUGGAUGUGGAUAGUAGACCAUCAUCUCUGGUCCCCCCCACCCCACCCCCCAUGUACUGAUGGUCCAUUGAAAGUAAGGAACCUACUCACAGCAACAAAGAGUGUGAUCUGUGAAGAUACCUGUUUCAGUGUCUGGCUUCAGAUGAGCUAUCGAGGCAGGUUUUCAGAUAUGUUCACUAUGAAAGCAGGACACAGAGGAAACUCCGACCGUCCGACACGUUUUGACCUCUGUGUUCAGUACGUUUAUCAUAACAUAAGUUAAGAGACUGAUUAUGUAUUGUUUUGGGACUCUGGGCUCUAACCACUACUUUCGGGACCCGAACGCUUCACGCCAACGCUGCUCUCAGGUUUAUGACUUUUCUCUCCCUGAGGACUAACACUCUUUUUCAAGCACUGAUACAAACCUGCUUCCAGUUCCUCAGUGCACAAACCAUCCGUAUCCAUUUACUUCAAAGAAGAAUAACCCGAACGCUGUAGUUUUUGAGUAAGGCAUGCUUGAUGUGCAAUCGAUAGGAUCGGUAUCGGCCUUGGUUGAGGCAGCCUCACAGUCACGUGACAAAGCCUGCCUACGGUUUGGGACAAAUCUGCGGCCGAUGAACAAAACUAAAUUGUCUUGUGCGCUGCUAUAAUUAAAUAAGAUGAUGAGGUUAUACACACAUAAAUUGCGUUUGGUCACUGUCCCAGUGCUUUUUGACCGUGUACUCCAACCAAAUACACAAUUCAGUUGAGUCCAGUUCAGUUUUUGGAUGGCGGUGUGAAAGGCACACAACUUGUAUUGUAUAAAGGGUCUAAUUGUAGUCAGGGCCAAAGGUCUUAAAACUGCUGCACCUUCUCCUAUGGUGUGUGUGUAUAUCUGUCUGUCCGUCCUGUACGUUUCCCAUUUGUGGUUGGUUUUUUUUUUGUUGUCGUUUUGUUUGUUUUUAGCUUAUUUAUCUGCAAUAAUAGCGUGGAGGGAAAAAAAUACACCUUUGCUGUUGUACAUAAUUUAUCUGUCCCUGGUGUCAAACAAUGAAUUAUUUGCUUUAACAGUUUCAGUCUCAUAACAGUCCACAAACAUUUCUUUUCGUCUGAUUUAUGACAAGUUCAGAUGUUAAGGAAGGUGUAUUGGAGAGAAAAAAAAACAAGUUUUACAUGCUUUACAUACCUGGCCUGUGUUGCGUACUUUGCCUGUAUAUCUGUUAGUCUGUUCCCCCAAUUCUUUGCUUUCACUUUACAUUAGUUCUCCUCGCUGCAGCUGUUUGGCCAUUUGUGUCCCUCUUUGUGAGCAGUCACUUUAUUUGAUGGGGGGGGGGGGGCGACAGAAUGGGAAAAGUGAAAGUAACAAUAGAAGUGAGCCUAGACUCCCAUCUGCGUGUGUGUGUGCACGCACGUGCACGAGACUGCAUGAUGAUUGAGUUGUAAGGUAUGUAUAUAUGUGUUUUCAUAUAUACACUGUGAUAUAUUCACACACGUAUGUGAACACGACAAAUCCUAUAUUGGUUUGGUACUAAGUACACUACUACACUAGGGAUUUGUAUGUAACUUCUGAAAUAAAAUAAUGCAAAUGGUAGCCAAUGAUGUCUUGGAUCUUUUGUUGUUUUUCUUUUACAUUUAAAUUGUGUUUAUAUUACGGGAAGUAAUUCUUUGUAUGUAUUGAUUUGCCUUUCCACGCAAUCAGUUGUUACUCUCGUGAUGUGAAAAAAAAAGUAAAACAGCUAUUUUUUUUAAGCUGGGAAAAAAAAAACCAAAUGUUAUGUUUUGCUCAUCUGCAGUCUUGUUAUGCAGUACGGUAUUUGUUCCAUUUCAUCAUGGAUCUACUUGUUUUACUAAAUCAUUCCACUGGUGUUAGACAACUCUCCAUGUGAAUAAUAAUAUUAAUUAAAAUAAUUUUACAGGCUUUAAA